GGAGUUGACCGCAGAAUCCAGUUCCAUCCGGGACGCGGGGGACGCCUGGGGUCCUGAACGCCCCGCGACGGCCACGGGCAGGCAUCCACAUUUAAAAUGAAGACCAUUCUCAGCAACCAGACUGUUGACAUCCCUGAGAAAGUUGAGAUUACUCUGAAAGGGCGGACAGUUAUUGUCAAGGGCCCCAGAGGAACCCUGCGAAGAGACUUCAAUCAUAUCAAUGUGGAACUCUCUCUCUUGGGGAAAAAACGCAAGAAGCUGCGUGUUGACAAAUGGUGGGGUAACAGAAAGGAGCUGGCAACAGUCCGCACAAUUUGCAGUCAUGUACAAAACAUGAUCAAGGGUGUGACAUUGGGCUUUCGUUACAAGAUGAGGUCUGUGUAUGCCCACUUCCCCAUCAACGUGGUUAUGCAAGAGAGCGGCUCACUUGUGGAAAUCCGUAACUUCCUUGGGGAGAAGUAUAUCCGUCGAGUGCGCAUGAGGCCUGGUGUCAAUUGUGCAGUAUCUCAAGCCCAGAAGGACGAGCUGAUCCUUGAAGGAAAUGACAUUGAAUUGGUAUCGAACUCUGCUGCCUUGAUCCAGCAGGCUACCACAGUCAAGAACAAAGAUAUCAGAAAGUUCUUGGAUGGUAUCUAUGUUUCUGAGAAGGGAACAGUACAGCAGGCAGAUGAAUAAAACUAGCAGUUUUAGAUGAUCCUGGAAUGGCCACCCGGGCAAAGGACACAUCUUCACACCCCGGCAAAGGACACAUUCAAACCAGAUUGGCAGUUGGCUGUAUAAACUGAACAGUUUCAUAUUAUUUGGAGAAAUAAAAUUAUUAUCUUUCA